CAAAUUCAUAACAUCGUAACCCUAAAGAAGCCUCGGAAGAGGAGAGAGAGAUUUUCUUGUUCCGCCGCUGCAGAAGGUUUUCUUUUCCAUUCGGAGAAGAAAUAGAAAAAGAUUCUGCAGCAGCUUUUAUUUAUAUUUUCAUUUUCACUUAAUAUCCGCAAGUACUUUUCACAAUAAAAAAAUGGCUCGUUCAUUCUCCAACGUUAAAAUUGUUUCUGCUUUCGUUUCCAACAAAAUCUCUGAUGCUGCCACCAGGCGUGGAUAUGCUGCUGCACAGGGUGGUGUGUCCAAGAGCCUGAGCGGCGGAGGGGUGGCGUCGAACAUGAUGUUGAAGAAAGUGGUGGAGGAAUCUGGCAAGACUACUUCAUGGUUACCGGACCCAGUUACUGGUUAUUACCGACCGGAGAAUCAGGCGACGGAGAUUGACGCCGCCGAAUUGAGGGCAUUGCUUUUGAAGAAUAAAAUCAGAGCACAGCAAAUCAGAGAAAAUUGAUUCGGGCUUUUAUCGGGUGGUAUCAUGAUCCAAUACUGCAUAUCAAAUGUUUGUUAGUACUGAAAAGUGAAAAUGAAGGAAUUUAUAACAAAUCUUGCUGUGAUUCUUCAGUGGAAAUACGUCAAUGUGUUUGUGGCGCU